AUGAGGAAUAUUAGGCAAAGAAAGAUUGAUGAAAACAAGCCUUUGCCAAUUGUCAUCUUUUACUCAUUGCUUAACCAGGGCUCAUCAUCAACGGAAGGCAAUUCAACAACAUCAUCAAUAGUAGCGGAAGUAGCACCAUCUCAAUCAAUCUCAAAUCAAAAUGGUGGUAUACACCACAGCAAUAGCACACGCAAUCUGUCUGAAAUGAUGCUAGAUAAUUCAUUAAUGCUCGUUGGAACUCAUCCUGACACUAUUCCACACAACACCAAGGGUGGAAAUGCUCAUCAUAGCAGUAGUAACGGAUUUAUUAUCAAUCAUCAUGCAUCACCAACUAGUUCGAAGAAGAAAAAGUCAAAAUUGCAAAAACGGAAAUCCAUGACACCGCAAGAAGAAUUAAAAUUGAUUGCCAAAGAAACUGGUCUCGAUGAGGACACACUUCAGGUUCUGCUGAAAUGUCAAGAAAACAAUGACAAUAUUUCCCAUAAUUACACAUAUGACCACACGAUCGAUGAAGAAGCAGAUCAUGGACGAGGCGGUUUAGGUAAUGCUAGGAGAAGUGGAAGCGGAGCAAUAUUUCGAUCUUCGUCAUCUUCAUCUCAAAACUCGUUAAUAACCGCUCCCGAUAUUGUCAUUCAUAUACCGAAUGUUAAAACAAUUUCUGACCAGGAAAAUAAUGAUAAAUUCCUGGAUAGCUCGAGUACAUCAUCUUCGACGACAACAACAAGUGCCUACAUGAAUGGACAACAACAUGCAUCUAAGAUACGGGCUGAAUUUUCUCAAGCCAUCAAUGAAAAGAAACGGAGACGAAAGGAGCAAAGCCAAAGUAGGAAGAAAUCAAAAUUUCAACAAACCACACAUUAUUUACACUAUUUACCAAACCAUUUGCAAGUGGAGAAUGAUACCAAAUCAAUUUUAUAUGACAUGGAGGAUGAUGAUUUUACGUUUUUAGAGAAAUUCCAUGAAAAUUAUUUGCGAACGUAUGAAGAAUGCUUUGGUGAAGAGCAAUGCUUUAAUGGAAUUCGUAACAAAAAGACCAUAACUAUGGAGCAGUUACUGCAGAGGUGGCACGUGUCAUCGAAACACCUGUUGCCAACACCGGCACAAGCAUUUCAAAUACUCGAUGAGGACUUUUUUGAAGAAUGUAUUGAUAGAUUUGAAAAAACAACUGCAUUUUCAAAUGAGCUUUGCACAUUUCGAAGUGCAUUGGAGAAAUUUCCCAGUUUGAAACGAUAUUUUUUAGAUGUGGAAAAUUAUUUAACGCAAUCACAUGUGCAGAAUAGUUUCAUGGGCCUGAAAUCAAAUCACCAACCUCCCUCACCAAGUGUAAAUUCUUCUACCAUGCACAAGCAGCAACCAGAACCUUCCACCAAUGGUAAUCUCAGCUCUACUUUCACAGAAAGAUAUGCAUCAACCCCCCAAUUUUCUAAAUUGUAUUCUUCCUCACCAUUCCUGCACUUCCUCAAGAAUGACUCUGAUUCGCGCUAUAACUUGAACAUAUUUGCGAAUUCAAAAGCUUCACCGGAAAACAAUUCCACAACACCACAACACUCCACGUUAAAUAAUUCCAUCCAUUCUCCAUCUCUAUUACAGCAAGAUUGUGUAACAUUAUCCACAACUAGGCAACCUAACCUACCCUCUUCACUAGCCACGUUACCAUCCAUGACACUCCAUAAUAAUGCCAUGAUACCUCCUUCCCAAUCCUCUCCUUCAGCAAGCAGCAUGAACACUUCCGCAAAUCAUUCCAUACCACCAGUUACAAACGACAACAGCACUAGUAGCAGCCCAUCUUCUGUGAAGAAAAUACUACCAACUUCCUUUCUAUAUGAAAUUUAUUUAUUUUGGAGAAAAAAACGUUUAUCGAGAACUGUUUCUAGCACAGACAAGAUGCUUUAUCCAACAUGUGGUAGGCCGUUAAUUUUGGAUUUUGAAAAGCAAACAAGCAUUCAUGACAAAAACCAUCAUGCAGCAUUUAGGCCAAGACAGCUCCCGAAAAAACAAACAGAGGAAAUUCUAAAUGAUACAUCAUCUCUACAACGACUUCGAAAGCUGAGAAAAGACCUAAUUUCACUCAACACACUCAUGGAAAUGAUCAACACAAGAGAAGAAAAGAAACUUGAAUAUGUGACAUUGUUACAAGAAAUUUUAUUGAACAAACUUGGACCCUCUACAGCGAAUGGUUGUCCAAUAGAACCAAUUACCUCGAGCGAGCAAAAUCUCUCCAUUGUGACAUCUCGUUCAAUUCAAAACGAUAAUAUGAAGCCAAUGGAUUCACUGGCGUCUAGUAAUCAUGCGAGCAAAAAUAUGGCUGAUGAAAAAUUAUCUGCAACAGCUGCAUCAAGCAACAACAUGCCAAUACAUAUCGAGGAGAGUAAAAAGGUAUUGCAUCAACAGGAAAGCACGUGCCAUCAUAACAAUCAAGAAAUGGAAAAUACUAUUGAAUAUAAUCCCAUGUCUGAGAGUGUUUGGAAGCAACAACACAAACAGGACGAUCAAACUGGUUACACGAGUAUGAAUUUGCUUCACUUUAAGGAAAUUCUGAAAAAACACAACAGACCUUUCUUUCCAUUUCUUGCCAAAUAUGUACGAAAAGUUAGAAAUUUUACAGGAGAUGACUCUAUUGAGGAGCAAUUUAAUACAGACCUACCUAGCUAUGUGCCAGGUAGCGAGUACAAGGUGCAAUUAACUCGUGAUGGAGUCACGUUUGAUUUUCCAAACAUGCAAGAAGCAUUCAGCGCCCAACAUGAAAUUGCCUUCAACCAUAAGAUUGACAAUCUGCUUGCAGACGAAGUUGCACAAUACAAACACAGACAAGAACAAGUAGAAAAUGGAAACUGUAGCAGUGGUGACAUGCUCAUACAAAUACUAGACGAAGCCGAAGAAAAUGCAACCUGUCAAAAAUAUACGGACAUUCCUGAAGUUCAAUUGAGCGAAUUCGAAGAACGAAUCAACGAUACCAUAGAUCAUACAAAUGAAUUUUCACAUCUCACCAACGAUCCUUUCCAACCACACGUGAAUGAUUUUAUGGAUUUUCAAGAGUAG